GAGACACAUGGCAGGGUGUCCUCUCUGUGACUGCUUGUGUGUUAGGCUGUCAAUGCCAGUUCCUCACUGUUACAAACAACUGCUGAUUCUGCGAGAAUGUCUAACGACACAGAUGGAGACAAGUUAUGCUCCGUCGAUUUUGAGAUAUCUGGACACGUCCAAGGGGUCUGUUUCAGAAUGUACACAGAGAAGGAGGGGCUUAGACUGGGCCUUUGUGGUUGGGUGAAGAACACAAACAAGGGCACUGUGAUUGGCCAAAUCCAGGGCCCUGCAGAUAUGGUUCGGGAGAUGAAGGUGUGGUUGAGUAAGGAGGGGAGCCCCACGUGCCGCAUCACCAGAGCCUCCUUCACCAAUGAGAGAGCCAUCGACAAGCUACAGCUGUCCGGGUUCAAGACUCGCUUCUAAGGAGGCCCUUGAGCUGAAGAUGCAAGAUCAAGACGCUUAAAUGCCUCAGCCAGCCAGAGUGAGAUCUAUUGUUGAGCUCCCCUGCUCUAUUCAGACACUUCAUGCUUUUUGUCAUCACAUUGAAUAACAUACUGACAAGCUUUCCUGA